UCCAUAGAUAUCCAUCACAAAAGAUAACACAUGAUGAUGUUCUUCCACCAAACCAUGUGCUAAAGCCCUCCAAACUGCCAAACCCAAAACUUAGGCGCCCACUGCUUCACUCUCUUGUUUGCGCUUCUUAAUUUGCCUCUUUAUAACCAAUAAGCUCGUCCAUUUCCAAAUCCAAGUGCCUCAGAUAUUCUACCUCCUGUUCCAUACUCAAAAGCCCUUCAAACUCAAGCUUCUCCUUUUUGGGCCUACUUAUAACGUUUCCUGCCAUUCAAGAAGUACUUUCAAGCUAUACAAAAGAAUGUUAGGAAGCGCUUUCUUACCUCCUAAACCCUCCCUCUCCCACUCCUCUCCCAGCCAUUUUAGUCCAUGGGUUGAAUCUCCGAUUCGGGCCUUCGUAGUCACAGCAUCUGCAGCCACUAUCAGUCCAGAUUCGGUGAAGGCAAAGUCAUCAAGAAAUACACUAUACGAAAUCCUCUGUGUCGACCAAACUGCAUCCCAAGCUGAGAUCAAGGCUGCAUACCGAAGUCUGGCAAAACUUCAUCAUCCAGACAUCACUCCUUCAGAUCGUGAUGGUCAGGAUUUCAUAGAUAUCCACAAUGCUUAUGCCACCUUAUCUGAUCCUGCAGCUAGGGCUAGCUAUGACUUGUCAAUUCGUGCUUCAGCUCCAUGUUAUCGAUUUAGAUAUUCUACUUCAAACACUUUUCAGGGACAUCGACCAACUAGGAGGUGGGAAACUGAUCAAUGUUGGUAGGCAACCUAGCUUAACUAUUUGCUCAUAAUGUAAUUUGUACCAUCAACAACGGAAUCAAAGCCCUUGCCCACAUCUACUUCUUCUUCAAA